CGGACAAGCGGGCGGGAGGGCGGACGGAGGCCCAUGUGGAGCGGGCGCGGGAGUAAAAGGCUGUGCUGCCCGGGCAGAGGAGAGGGAAGGCGGAACCGCAUCAUCGGGUCCUGUACGCAGCCGGCACGGAUACUGGCCAGGCCGCGGCCGCACCAUGAAGGGUAGCCGGAUCGAGCUGGGAGAUGUGACACCACACAACAUUAAGCAGCUGAAGAGGCUAAACCAGGUCAUUUUCCCUGUCAGCUACAAUGACAAGUUCUACAAGGAUGUACUGGAGGUUGGCGAGCUAGCCAAAUUAGCCUAUUUCAAUGAUAUUGCAGUGGGAGCAGUGUGCUGUAGGGUGGAUCACUCCCAGAACCAGAAGAGACUGUACAUCAUGACACUUGGAUGCCUGGCACCUUACCGAAGGCUAGGAAUAGGAACUAAAAUGUUGAAUCAUGUCUUAAACAUCUGUGAAAAAGAUGGCACUUUUGACAACAUCUAUCUGCACGUCCAGAUCAGCAACGAGUCCGCCAUUGACUUCUACAGGAAGUUUGGCUUUGAGAUCAUCGAGACGAAGAAGAACUACUACAAGCGGAUAGAGCCGGCGGACGCUCACGUGCUGCAGAAGAACCUCAAAGCCCUUUGUCUCGGCCAGAACGCAGAGGUGCAAAAGACCGACAACUGAACAAAACCCCAACGAACACUUUCUUGCACUUGCUUGUCGCCAAAUAAGGAAAGAGAGGCCUCUUGACUUUUGUUCUUUUAUGUUUUGGUUUGGUUUGUUUUUUUUUAACUCCACCCCUUCAUCCUCUGUGUUUUGAUUAUU